AUGAUGAUACGAUUUAGUGUGCUUUACUUGGCAUUGCUUCAUUGUAUUCAAACAAGUCAAACUUUAGAGUGCUAUUCUUGUAGUGGAGGAGAACAAUGUGGUAUUUUAUUUUCGCCAAACUCGACUAAAGUUAAAAUAGUUAAAUCUAGGAAAACUGAUAUACUUUCUUCAUGUUCGAUAUCUGUAACUCACGAAGGCUUGACGACUCGGAGCUUAGUGCCAUCGCACGAAUGUCGCAGUUCAUCAUACCAAUUCUGUUGUAAUGAAGAUUUUUGCAAUACUCUGGCUUCUCCACCAUUGCCUGCAUUCACUUCUCUCAAAUGUGAUAUUGGUAAAUGCAAAAUGACUCACGGAAUAUGUGUCUAUGAUGCUGACUAUGUUACUACUCUUAGCAGUGCAACUGAAUCUUGUUCGAUUACACUUGGUCACGAGACCUACAAGUACUACAAAAAGGGCUGUCGACCAACUAUUAAGGAAUCACACGUCGCCCAACUCGUCUCAGAAUUAAGCAAAUCGGAUGUUUUCUGUUGUAACUCUCCAGAAUGCAAUACAGGCCAUAUAGACAGUGCGAUUAAAGGUGUACAUAUUCAGUGUUAUACAUGCGACUCGCGUGUAAAUGGUUUAGAGGGUUGCAUGAUUUUCAAUAAAUCUAGUCCAAACGUUUAUGAAGCAGGAUCAUCCGGUAAUAGGGAAGCGUGUGCUACGAUCAUUGGUCUCGAGGGACGAGAUUCUGUCACCGGCAAAACCUAUCCAGCCUUCGCUCUACGUACUUUUAUUACGGAUUGCGUCAGUCAACCACUGGGUUAUGUAUCAUAUGGUGGCGCCUUCUUCAAGGGUCGUAUCGAAUGUUGCUCAAGCCAUUUCUGCAAUACCAAAACUUUGGAUACAAAAGAAACUACUAGCAAACUUCGACAAAUUGUCACUAUCAUCAUUAUUAUUGUCGUCGUCGCCAUCUUACUAAUUUUUGUCGCAAUAGCCAUCGCCUCUGCUGUGUACCUAUAUCGCAAGAAAAAGGACAAGAAUAAUUAUGGCCCAGUUUUCACUAAAGAACCUGAGACUUCAUUGGAUUCAUUAAAGAAAAAAGUUAACAAGAAGCCAACUGAACAGCCUACUAUUGAUAGUUAUCCUGAAGAAAGUGCCACACCUUAG